GGGUCUCGGUGCAAUUUUUUACUCAUCAUCGAGGAGCGGUGGGAGGAACCCGCAUGAAGAAGCGUUUCCCCGGAAACGUCCGCAGGGAGAGCUUUGUGAGGUAACUACUCGUAACGGGUGGUGGGUCGCCUUCUCCUCCUCCCCCUUUUCCUCCCUCUCUCUCUCUCCCCCAAUUCCCCUGCCCGUGCUCUCCCCUCCUCCCCACCAUUUAAUAUUGCACAUCCGGAACGGAACCUUCUAGAAGCUUUUAAAUCCUUCCUUUCCCAACCUUCUCUCCUCUCCUCUCCUCUCCUCUCCUCUCCCCGUUGCUUCUCGACGCUUCCGAAGAAGACGACGAAUCCCCUCCGAUCCGAUCCGAUCGAGCAGGAGGAGGAGGAGGAGGAGGACGAAGAGGAAGAAGAGAUUGAGGUCGAGGGUUUGAUCGGAUCGGAUCUCGCGGCGGAGAUGGGCGGCGGCGGCGGCGGAGGAGCGGCGGCGAUGGCCCCUCCGCCGGUGGGGGAGCAGGCGGGGGAUACGACGUCGGCGGCGGCGGCGGCGGCGGGGGGGCAGAGGUCGCUGCCGACGCCGUUCCUGACGAAGACGUACCAGCUGGUGGACGACCCCGCCGUGGACGACGUGAUCUCGUGGAACGACGACGGGUCCACCUUCAUCGUGUGGCGCCCCGCCGAGUUCGCCCGCGACCUCCUCCCCAAGUACUUCAAGCACAACAACUUCUCCAGCUUCGUGCGCCAGCUCAACACCUACGGAUUUAGGAAGAUCGUGCCGGAUCGGUGGGAAUUCGCCAACGACUGCUUCAGACGAGGCGAGCGGCGCCUCCUCUGCGACAUCCACCGCCGGAAGAUCACCCCGCCGGCGGCGGGUGCCGCAGCGCCCUCGGCGGCGCAGGUGACGGUGGCGGCGGCGAUACCGGUGGCGGUGCCGGUGACCCACACGGGAUCGCCGACGAUCUCGGGGGAGGAGCAGGUGCUCUCGUCGAACUCGUCCCCCGGGGCGCCUCCGCCGCCCCCGCCGCCGCCCCUGACGGCUGCGUCGGCUCCGUCGACGUCGGGAUCGGGCGGCGCCGGGGAUCUGCACGAGGAGAACGAGAGGCUCCGGGGGGAGAACUCGCGGCUCUCCCGCGAGCUCGGCCAGAUGAAGAACCUCUGCAACAACAUCCUCCUCCUCAUGUCCAAGUACGCCGCGAGCCAGCAACCGGGCUCCGACUCCUCGUCGCCGGCCCCGCCGCCGCCGGAGGCGGCGCCGAUGCUAGAGCUCAUGCCGUCCAGCGCCGCCGCCGCCGCCGCCGCCGCCGCCGCUGCGUUGGAGGAGGAGGAGGAGGAGGAGGAGGAGGAGGCGGUGGAUGAGGCGGAGGAAGAGGAGGAUCCGGUGAAGGCGGAGGAGGAAGGGACCCCAAGCCCUCGGCUCUUCGGCGUGUCAAUCGGGAUAAAGCGGUCCCGAGAAGACGACGGCGAGGAUCCUCCGCCGCCGGCGAUGGCGGAGGUGAAAUCGGAGCCGCCGGAUCCGCAGGAGGGUCCCGGGGCCCACCAGUCCUGGCCCAUCUACCGCCCGCGGGCCAUCCACCACAGCCAACGCUCCUCCGCCACCUCCUCUAACGGGCCGGAUCGGGACGGCCAGUAACGUUCUAAGGACGUGAGCAUCAUCAGGUGCAUGCUUAUAAACUUCCGUAGAAUUUAGAAAUCGUCUGAUUUUAAACUUUUAGAUUUUAAAAAUUUAUUUCGGUUAAAUUUUAAAACAUUGCUCUGUAGACUAAUAUAUAUAUAUAUAUAUAUAUAUAUAUAUAUAUAUAUAUAUAUAUAUGUUAAUGUGUGUAUGUUAAUGUGUGUAUGUAUAAAAGUAUGGCUAAUUUAGUUUUGAUCUGUACUGGAGAUGGAAGUGCAUUUCCAGGGAGAUGUGAGGAGCUUUUAAUUUUAUUUAUUACUUUUUAUUUAUGUACGAAUCUUUUUGUGUAAAGUAUGCUUAAUUUCACAUUCUAGAAAUGGAAGUGCUUUUUCCGUA